AUCCCGACCACGUGCCUGAGCAAAACUCCAGCUGCUAGCUGCUUCAUUUAGCAGCAAAGUUGUUAGUUUCAGGGGAAACAAGUGUUUUUUUGCGACCCAAAUGCUCUUAAAUCACUCAAGGAGACAGCUCCGGUGUGGGUCCUGCAUGUGCAGUGACAGGUUUUAACUCCCACCUCAGACUGCUGCCGUCCUCAAUGAGGUACAGACGAGCUCAGAUCCACCUGUGGGCUCGAGGGUCGUGCUGUCUGAGCCGCCACCGCCUGCACGGGGGAAUCCCUCAGCUUCGCACCUACAGCGCUCACCAUCAGCCUGGACCAGCUCCACCCUCCAACCCCUCCGGCCCCGGGGGAAAGAGUGGAGCUGAGGCGGUGAAGGAACGUGCACUGUCCGCCUUACAGCCCUCAUCAUUAUUCCUCCAGCAUGCGGGCGAGACGGGGCGGCUGUGGGGUCAGAAGUCGGCUCAGACCGCCAGCGCCACAGUCAACUACUGGUGGGAGAGGUACGAGGAGUUCGUGGGACUUAACGAGGUCCGCGCGGCCCAGACCAAAGUCACCAAGGCUGAGGCGGCGUUCAUGGUGGCCAGGGGGAUCGUGCGGGAGGCUCAUACGAGCCUGGACGCCCUGCAGGGCCGGCUGAAGGAGGUCAGGGACCGCCUGGACAGAGUCUCCAGGGAGGAGGCUCACUACCUGGAGCUGGCCACGCUGGAGCACAAGCUGCUGCAGGAGGAGCGUCGUCUCCGGACCGCCCUCGAGAACGCCGAGAGUUCGGAGCGGGAGAAGUUCGCUCUGUUCUCGGCAGGCGUCAGGGAGAGCCACGACAAGGAGAGGACGAGAGCGGAGCGCACCAAGAACUGGUCCAUCAUCGGCUCGGUGCUGGGGGCCUUGAUCGGGGUCAUGGGAUCCACGUACAUCAACCGCGUUCGCCUUCAGGAGCUGAAGAACCUGCUGCUGGAGGCCCAGAAAGGUCCAGAGAGCCUGCAGGAGGCCCUCAAGGUCCAGGCGGGGAACCAUCGCUCCCAGCAGGACGAGCUCCGGACGCUGAUCUCCAGCCUGAGGGCCGCCGUGACGGACAGCUUCUCCAUGAGGAGCAGCGGCCCUCAGGAGACGGGGGGACGGGCCCCGGCCCCGGCCCUGGCCCCCGUACCGCUGUCAUCCCUCAGUGAGCUGCAGGUGGGGGGCCAGAGGACCCAGGCCCUCCUGGAGGAGCUGCCCCCGCAGCUGGGCCAGCUCCAGCGAGGCCUCGGCCAGGUCGAGAGUGAACUGGUGGCGGUGCGGAGGCUGCUGGAGGCCGGACCCCCGGCUGAAACGCAGCCCGCACAGCUGCGGCCCCAGGUACCCGAGGGACCAGAGAAACUGGAGCGCUGGGAGCCGGACGCGCUGGUGAGAGGUCUGCAGGACACCCAGAGGACGCUGGGAGAGAGAAUCAGGUCCAACACGGUCUACAGCGCCGUGUUCACCUACACCGCCACCGCCAUCACCGUCUCUGCCGUGUACCUGCUGCUCAGAGGAGCCGGGUAGAUACCGGUCCUCCUCCGGUGGGGAAGACCCGGGGGAACCAACGCCACCGCUCUAACAAACUGGCUCCAGGUGUUGACUCGGGUUUAUCAUCUACCUCUGCUGUUCAUCAUGUUCUCCAAACGGCUGCUCAGAGAGGGAAUCAUCUGCCAAAACGUGCGUUCUCGAGGAUCUGGUCUUCCUUUCUUCCUCUUCAACGCAGUAGUUCUCGUAGUGAUUGUUUUAUUUCUCUUUGAGGUCCUGCGGUAAAUGUCCUGCUUCUCUGUCGAGUUUCUAUGAGACGUGGUUCCUGUUGACGGUUAACGAUCCGCUCUGGAAGCGUAAUUAAACCACGAUGGACACGAUUAAUGAUGACAUCACUGAUGGGUUAUAAUGGUUAAAGGGCCGUUUGGACAUUUCAAUCAUAAUAAUAAUAAUAAUAAUAGAAAAAUAGAGGCUUUUUUAAAAACCUCUUUCCUACAUUUCAAAGAUUCAAACCGUUCAGUGGGCUUAUUUUAAUGGAUUAAGUCCAUUUCCUGUUUGAAUUGUGCAUCAUUAUGUGAUUAUUAAAUAUGUUAAAUUAAUUAAAUUGCUAAUUUAAUUGGAGAACUCUCUUUUCAAAGAGAAUGAAGUAUAUUAUAUAUGAAUUUAAACACCUGAAGGUGCAACAUUGAUGGUUUUAAGGUUCUGAAAUGGACAUUAAUUUGCAUUAUGUUUGAAUGUCAACGGUAAUAUCUGUCAUUGCUUAAUAUAAUAUAAUAUUAAUGUUAAACAUGCACUGAAGAGGAACAUAUUUCUGGUCUUGAAGCACUUGAAUGUGUUGCUGUGAGCGGUUAUUAAAUGGCCACGUGGGAAACUGA